ACGGUCGUCUAGGCGGCCAUUCUUGAGUUUACCUCUGCCGUGCCAACACUUUGCUGUUCAGGUGUGCUCCUCCAGUGGCUCUGGCACAAUUCAUUGGCCUCUGGGUCUACCAUACUGCAAAGUGCCAUCGGUCGCCACUCUUUUUUAUGUGUCGUGCUAUUGAACCGUUAUCAAGUGAACAUACACCGUGAAUGUAGAAGUCACAAGAUUCUUCAUCAAGUCGAUCCUCUCCCACGGAAAAAAGUGUUGACGUGGUUUUUAUCAAAUUGGGUGUGAGUGAAUAUUUUUUUUCUCGGAUCAUCCCAAAAAAAAAAAGUAAAUCUCUUUGGAAAGAAAGGUGAAUUGAUCUUAUAAAGAUCAAUGGAGUGUAUUUCGUGAAAGCAAUGAUCGUGUAUCUUUGAAAAAUCUUUUUGGGUAAUCAAGUCUGUAGAUGGAUACUGAUCGUGUAAGACGCCAUUUUUGAAGAGGCAUCCACCUCACAAAAAUAUUUCCCUGAAUCAGGAGACGAUGGAAGUGUAGUGGUCGGCUGGUGUGCCUGGUAAAUAAGACGGACUUGUGAGUGUGUGUGUUCCAAAGAGAAAUACCUGUUGAAGUGAAGACGAAGCACUGGUCAGGGAAUAAGAAGAAAACAAAUUGGUAGAAUAAGUCGAAGAGGAGAAAAACGAAGAGGAAGUGAGAUAGAAGAGGAAUCUUUGGUGGUUGUGUUUCAUCGUGUGUGACCCACAAUGGGUGAUUCUACACCGAUAUGUCGCUGUCGGGUACUGUAUUUGGGCAGUGCCGUGCCACGCCAGAGCAAGGAUGGUCUGCAGGGUAUUCAGGAGCCCCUGAAGAGUCUAUAUCCCUCUGAAGGUGCCGUGGGUGCUAAAGGCAUAGACUCCUGGCUCAGUGUCUGGUCCAAUGGUAUACUGCUGGAGAAUGUGGAUGAGAACAGGAAGCAGGUGACACGCUUCUUCCCAAUUGACUCACUCCACUAUUGCGCAGCAGUGAGACAAGUACUUAUUCCUGAGCGUAAUGCUAGUCCAGAGCCCAAGUUCCUACCGCUGGACUCACCCUUUGCACGUACACCACGUGCCCAGCAUCCGCCUAUUUUCGCCGCGAUUCUCAGGCGAACUACAGGCAUCAAAGUACUUGAGUGUCAUGUCUUCAUUUGCAAACGGGAGGCAGCAGCCAAUGCGUUGGUCAGGUGCUGCUUUCAUGCCUAUGCUGAUAAUUCCUACGCCAGACAACUCGAGGGCAGCACUUCAGGCAGUGUCUAUGGCACACUAGGGAAGCCUAAUGGUGAAGGAUGGCGUUCGAGAGCCGGCAGCACCACAACUCUCAACAGCGUGGGACGACAGCCAGUUACAAAUGGAGUGGAUUCAUUUACAGUCAAGAAUUUAUAUGCGAGCAGUGCAGAUUUGGAUGUAGUGGACGAUGGUGAGGGAUCAAUGUACAAUGGCGAUGAGAAUCACAAGGUGUGGACAGGAUCGACGGAUCAGCUGGAUGGAUGUGGUCUCGAGGGUCCCUAUGAUAUCUACUCCGGUGGCACAUCUACUCUAGGGCGACCGGCGCGCGCCCGUCAAAUUAGCGCCCCCGUGCCAGUACCUCCUCCACCCAAAGAGGAGGUGAAGAAGAAGAAGGAGAAGAAGCAGCGUUCUAGUGUCGGCAGCCAAAGUCUCUCCGGAACCCUCAUACGUCCCAAGCCUGUACAUGCUAGUUCCCUCACACUCACCCGUCAGCCGCCGCCGCAUAUGAUCUACGGUCCCAUUCCUGGCCAUCCACCUUCCCGCCAAUUUCACACUCUCACACACCGGACCGGCUACACGAACGGGCACGUGCCCACGGGACGACCUCCCAUGAUGCCCAUGAUGCCACUGCCCAUGCCGCCGAUGCCCAUUAUGCUGCCGCCGCAGUAUGCUACUCUGCAGACGCCGGGCAGCAAGGGAGGCAAGAAGAAGAAAGAAAAGAUGAUGAAUGGGCGAGCGAAUGGUAUUCCCCUUGGGGUUCCCGUACCAACACCACUCUUCGCUUACCCGCCUCCAGCCCAAAUGGUGCCCGAACCCCGGCCACUUGCCAUGAGCAAUCGCAAAUUGGCCCAAAGCGCUGCAGCAGGCUUAGAGGAUUCUGGAAAUUCUGGUGCAGAAUCCCCAGGUGGCACAGGAAUUUACAGGCGGAAGGGUCACCUGAACGAACGUGCAUUCAGUUACUCUAUCCGCCAGGAACAUCGAAGUCGGAGCCACGGAUCUUUGGCCAGUUUGCAAUUUAAUCCGCCUGAUAUGAAGAAAGAGCGCGAGAUUGCUCAGAUGGUGGCUGGAUUGGAUCUCAAUGACGGAGCCAGUUCGACACUGCAAAGGCGAGCAAAUAUGACGCCUGGGUCAUCUGGAACAUUUGGCAAGCCCAGGAGAUAGUUCUCAAACAAAACGAACGAUCUGAGCUAUUGAGGUGUGUUUCGGACAACCGAAAUUUCACACUAUUAGCCAUACAUCUGAGAUACAGGUCCGUGUGAAAAUUAAUUGCGCACCCAAAUUUUUUUUAUAUCUUUUUAAUUUAUAAAGUUUUGAAGGAUUUUAAAGAUCCCUUCCCUAAGUUAUUCAGUAGAAUAUGAGGUUCAAUUAAGCCAAAUUUCAAUAAAACAUUAAAAUAUCAAAAGCUUUUACUUGCUCUUUAAAAUCUUCUGUUCCAGACAACUUUUUAAUUAUUUUUGAGAUCUUUAAUACAAUACUGCCAAAUUUUACUGGCAUUUUCAAAACAUUUUCUAGAAUGUUAAAUACAUUACAUUAAAAAAAAUUGGAUUUAAUUUAAAGAGCUCAAUUUCUCUACUCCAUAUUUUAUUUUAAUAUUAUGAAAACUAAAAAAUGCGGGUAUUCUAAUAUACAGUGGACAAUUAUUUUUGUUUAUUUCCCUUUUUUGAACAAUUUUUUUUUCAAUUCAAUGUAUUUCUCCUCAAGUAUGCUUAAUGCGGCUGCCGACCGACUUCACUACCGAUCUCAUCAGGUAAACGGCAGAAACCACUGAAUCACUGAUCGUAUAUGCCAAGUGUUUGAAGAAAUCGAUAUGGGACUAAUUUUAUUUUGUGAAUUAUAUUUUAAAGCAGGUAUAUUAGAAUGUAAAAAAUAGAAUUAAAGCGUACACGUGGCAAAAGUUGUUCAGUGUAUGCAAUAAAUUGGUUAAAAAUAUCCUAGAAACUGUGCUUAAAAGUGAAUGAGAUAACUAAAAUUAAGUAUCGAUCAGUCAUAUUAAAAUGUCAAACACUUGUACAUCAAACAGAAGUAAUUGUAUACUGCUCAUAAUGGCAUAAACAUAUUAAAAUUUGGUUUGUAAACAUGUUUUCGAAUAUGAGUGAGUGAGAGGGAGCUCCACUAAACCGAGAUAUCACUCACUCUUUCUGAAAUGUCAAACACAUUUUACAAAAUAUAAUUUGUUGUGUUUUGCUCAGUAAAUAAAUUAUUUCUAGUCGUCUCCAGUUUCGGAAAUAUCUUUACAAAACAAAAGAAAAUAUGCGUAUGCCAUAAUUUUUUAACUAUUUAAGUUGCGCAUAAUUGGAUUGAGUAAAUAUAAUUAAGUCCCCAAUAUUUGGAUAAAGUGCUUAAAAAUAUCUGCUCAAAAAAUAGUUUGUAGUUGGAUACUGUAACUUCAUUUUGAGGAAGUCACGUUUAAGAUAUGACCUUUGAUUCUAUCAAACAAUUGAAUUUAUUUCUUUGUGUUGGACACUUCCCGACACGAUUAGAAAUUCUUUACACAAAGUCCUUCAAAUUAAUAAUUGAAAAGAUAUUAGUGAGUGCAUAGAUAUUUUGCAGUCGGACCUGUAAUCUCAGUUGGAUUCAUUCCACGUCUAUUCUGCUGAGAUAAGAGGAAGAUAUUGACUGAAUUCUAAAAUAUUCAAAUUGAGUAUUUUACGUAAAAACAGAGAAUUGUGUAAAAAUGUUAGGAAUGUUUUUUAUAGGUAGAAAUCUUUUUAAAUACUUGGGUUAAAGCAACGAAUAACAUAUUAAUUUUCUUAAUAAUUAAUCCAUUAUCAUUUUGGCCUGAAAAGUCUAGUAGGAGGCAUGACAAAAUGACGAUAAUUGAGUGUCUCCAUGAAGAAAAAAAAUGGAAUAAUUAAACUGUGAAUUUGCAUAAAAGUUGUGGAACUUUCGAAUUAUUGCUAUACUUGACCUUCCAACAUGCCAACCAGGGCAAAAAUUCUUGGCAAAUUUUUGCGCAAUUAAAUCAACUUUCGAGUUAAUUUUCUUUGUGCAAAGUUAGUCUUUUGCAAUUAGGCACUAGAAAUUUUAUUUUUAUAGGGAGAAAUUACUAUGUCUACUGAAAUUCUCUCUGAAUUGUCUGGAGAGUUCUUAGUCAUCUCUUUUUGCUAAAGUGCAGAUGAUGAUGGAUAUGGGAGGGAAAUUACAAUAACAGUAACGGCUUUGGUAGGAGAUAAAUUGUAGUUACAUGUUGCAUUUUUAAGACGUGCAAAAACUACCGUAAUACUCAAAGAAUAGUAACAUUUUCUUGCACCGUUUUCACAAUGAAAAACCAUCCAAUUUGUACAGUCUCUGAAGGUGAAAAGCACCAUAUGGGUGUUGAACGCAAAAACAAAAUAUCUGAAAGAGUUCAAUGCUAAAAGAAGAAAAUCGAUGAAGUAUAAAUAUUUUUUUUUGCAUAUGUAAUAAUAAUUUGUAAUCUUUUAUAAAUACAUUUUAUCGCUCUAUUAUUACGAUGAAUAUCUAAUGUUGUGUCUAAGUGUUGUAAAGAUUGGAAAAUCUACAGCACUGAAACAGAAAACGCCAUGUGCCUUACUAGGUGUAAAAUUGUUAAUCAAAGAAAUGAAGAAGAGAAAAUGAAGAAAAUGAUUAUAUUACUUGUAAUGAAUAUGAAAAAUUUAUUGUAAUUGUAGGCUUAAAGUGGAAAACAGUUUUGAGUACAUUGAGGAGCUAAUAAAAGUAAUAAAUAUCUCACA